GCAACGAGUUUACCAGCAUGAAGAACUUCAAGCCCGAAUUAGAUUUCAGGCCCAAACUUGAACUCAUUUUGCUCUCCGAGCCCAUUUGAGCCCGUUUCCAAUCGUCGGGCCAGUAAGAACACGAACUUCAAGCCCGAAUUUGCUUUCAGGCCCAAAUAUGAACUCGUUUGUCCCAUCUCCGAGCCCAUUUAGGCCCGUUCUCCAUUUCUACUAGGGUCUCCACACCCAAAAUUCACUUCCUUUUUUGCUUCUAACUUCCUUCUUUCUCUAUGGCAUCACCAAACCCUAACAACUCGCCGUUGACCAGCCCCGUUGACCAGCGCCGCCUUCAAUUUACUCCCGUCGAUUUACCGAUCGCUUCACCGGCGGCAGAUGCUAUUCCUGAGGGUAUUGUGGAUAUAACCACUCUGACUGAAGGAAGCACAGGUGAGAAACGAAAAAGAGAAGGAAGAUUAAGAUCUAGAGUUUGGCAACACUUUACGAAGCUAAUAAAGGAGGAUGGAACUUGUGACAAAUGCAAGUGCAAUCAUUGCCAUAAAAUUUUCACUUCUUCAACCCGAAGUGGAACGACUCAUUUGCUUCGUCAUAUAAGUGAAGGAAUAUGUCCGGUAUUUAAGAAAGUCAAAAAGGAAAACUCACCAACAGUUUUCAGCUAUAUCGGCGGUAGCAUAGACCGAAAAGUCAGUAUUAACCCUUGGAAGUUUGAUCAAGAACUAGGUCAAGCAUCUUAUGAACAGUCAAUUGAUGCACAUGAUGACUUGUUGCCGAUGGGAUUAGAUGAUAUUGAACGUCCAACAUGCACUACGUCAGAAGGUAACUAUGGUGGGGGGCACACAUCAAUGCCUCUAUUUUCUAAACUUCCUCAGCAACCUGCUGUGAAGUCCCGUCCUAUUGCAGAACCAUGGAUGACUGAGGUAAGGGCUUGUGUGGGUAAACUCGUUGAACUCACAAAUGAACGAGUGUCAACAAAACCUAGCAUGGAUAUUAAGACUAGUGUGGCUGUUAGUACUCCCGAUCUCUCUAUGGCUUCUGUUGUGAAGUGCUUGAAUGAGAUGGAGGAUAUUCCACAAUCAAGUGCGAUGUAUUUAGAUGCUUUGGAUAUCGUAAGGGAUCCAGAAGAAAGAGAGUGUUUCGUUUGUUUAAACCCAGAGCCACGUAGGAGAUGGCUGCAAAGGAUGUUGCAUCGUCGUUUUCCCUUACGUUAUAGCACCGAUGUUUGACCAACUGUAAGUAGUCAAUUAGCAAUUGCUGAAACACAAAUCAGCACUUACUAAAGAAAAGGGUGAGAUCAUUUGACAACCGCGCGAGGUAUUUUCAUGAUCAGUUUUUUAGUUUAAAGAGGUGUCUUCAUUCAAGCGACAGUAAAGAAGAAGAACGAAACAAAGUGAGAAUGAUAUCAAGCUUUGGCUAUUGACAUAUUUGCCAUGACCUUUUGUACUGUACAAUUUCUGUUGUUUCAUAUGAGGAUUCCAUAGUAGAAAAAGGAACAUAUUGGGAGCUUAAUGAUUGUACUAUCUGAAUAUCAAGAAUAAAGAUAUCUUUUUUUUUUUUUUU